UCAGACAGGCGGAGGAGACGUCGCCUGGCGGCUGAGGUGCACCGUAUUUGGAAUCGGAGCAGGACCGGGCCGGUGGACGGUGUUUGGAUCCACCUGCAGCCGCCGGAUGAUCGGAACCAUGCUCCCGCUCGGUUCGCCAUACUGAGCAUCGCGCACAUGCUUGAGUGUGGACACUGGGAGGAGGAGGAGGCAUGUAGUUGCAAUGGAUUAAUUAGCGAGGACUUCACAUGGACUUGUUUGUUUUUUGACAUUAGUGUUUUCUAGUCAUGGAGAACCAAGGCGCCGAGCUCCACAAUUAUGAAGACGUGCAGAAAAGCGGCUAUCUCCGCAAGCAUAAGUCAAUGCACCGGCGCUUUUUCGUGCUGAGGGCGGCCUCCGAGCAUGGUCCUGCUCGCUUGGAGUAUUACGAGAACGAGAAGAAAUUCCGCAGCAAAUCUCCUGUGCCCAAGAAAGUGCUCAACCUGGAGACGUGCUUCAACAUCAACAAGCGGGCGGACUCCAAAAACAAGCACCUGAUCGUGCUGUACACCCGCAGCGAGAGCUUUGCCAUCGCCGCAGACAGCGAGGAGGUCCAAAACGAGUGGUACCAUGCCAUGCUGGACCUUCAGUGCAACUGUAAAACUCCUGAAGACUACGGCAGCAGUGGAGAGUGUAGCUCCCCGUCGCCCAUUCCAACUUUCAAAGAAGUGUGGCAGGUCAAAGUUUGGCCGAAAGGUCUUGGACAUGCAAGGAACUUAGUGGGCAUCUACCGCCUGUGCCUGACUGACAAGACUGUCAACUUUGUCAAGCUCAACUCUGAUGUGGCUGCUGUGGUGCUGCAGCUGAUGAAUGUUCGCAGGUGUGGCCAUUCGGAGAACUUUUUCUUCAUUGAGGUGGGUCGCUCAGCCAUAACCGGGCCAGGAGAGUUCUGGAUGCAGGUGGAUGACUCCGUGGUGGCUCAGAACAUGCAUGAGACCUUGCUGGAGGCCAUGAAAGCGCUCAGUGAGGAGUUCCGCCAGCGCAGUAAGUCUCAGUCUGUGGGGACAUCAUGUGGCGGCGGCACCGUGUCAAACCCCAUCAGCGUUCCCAGCCGUCGACAUCAUCCGAAUCUGCCACCAAGUCAGGUGGGCUUCACCAGGCGAGCGCGCACGGAGACGCCAGGCGGCAGCAGCACCAGCACCUCGCCGACAUCACGCCACGGCUUCCCACGGGCGCGAACAGCCAGCAUCGGGGCCAGGUCGGAGGAGAGCGGAGCAAGUACCAGAUCAACAUGGGCCAGCUCUAGCCCGAGUCUUAACGGAUCCUGCUCAACCACCCCAACCCUGAGGCCCAAGCCCACCAGGGCCCCCACCCCUGCAAAGAUUACCCUCAGUCUUGCACGUUACACACCUAACCCAGCUCCCUCUCCUGCUCCAAGCCUCUCCUCCAGCUCUGGUCACGGUUCUGAGUGUGGCUUAGUGGGGGCGGCAGUGGGAGGAAUGACGGUGUGCUCCUACCCUCGUGUGACUCAGAGAGUUUCUGUUUCAGGUUCACCAAGCGACUAUGGCUCUUCGGAUGAAUAUGGCUCCAGUCCUGGUGAGCACUCCCUGCUCAUGCCCAGUAUGGCUGCCCAUCAUGUGCAUGGGGAGGGCCCCUCCAGUUACAUAGUCAUGGGUCAGCGAGAGGGUCUUCUUGGUUCCCAUCAUCGCUCUAAAGGCAGACGGAUUCUUCGACGCUCGUCCAGUCGGGAUUCUGAGGCAGAGCGAAGACUACUGAGUAAAAGGGCUUCCCUGCCUUUGGCUGCCCAUGAACGACUAGUUCCGCAUCGGAAAGAUGAUGACGAGGAUGAUGAAGAAUAUGCCAUCAUGUCACAGUGUGCUAACAGAGAGGGUUCGGGCGGCUUGGCGGUGGGGCGUGGACGACGAGACGCAGCGGGGGAGAACAGAAAGCGGUUUGAAAAAAGGAGGGAAGUGGAAGCGGGAGCUACUGUGGAUAGCGGCUACAUGUCAAUGCUGCCUGGAGUCACUUCUCCAGCGGCAGACGACGAGUACAUGGCCAUGACACCCAAAAACAGCGUGUCCCCGCCUCAGCAUAUGCGGCAGCCCAGCACAGAGGGCUACAUGGUCAUGUCUCCUAAUAGCAGCGUCUCCACAGAGUUGCAUGGACUGGGUAUGUGGGAUAACAGGGGGUGCAUGGAAAGCCGGGUCGCCGGCGACUACAUGAACGUCUCACCCAUCAGUAGCCGCUCUGCUUGUAGCACACCACCCUCCCAUCCCGAGCAGCACCAACUACAACCAAAAAUGUUCAAUUCCUACUUCUCUCUGCCCCGAGCUUAUCAGCAUACCCUCUAUAGCCGCUUUGAGGAGGAUUUAAACAAAGGGGAGGACAAAAAGGACAGCGGUGAUAGCGCUGGAAGGGGUAGUGCAGCAGGGUUCAGCAAGAGAAACAAAACAGGAGUGGGGCCUGGUGGUGGCUUCCAGCUCUCCAUGUCUUCCUCUUCUUUCUCCUCGAGCUCGGCCAGCAGUGAAAGCCUGGAGGACAAGACCGUAUCAGCAGGGAAAGGGUUAAGUUUGUACAAAAGUGCAGGAACAUGCACCAAAGAUGGCUGCCACAUACAAAAACGUGGCUCAAGCUGUAAGAGCCCAAAGCAACAAAGGAGGGGCCGCCCCCUCAGUGUGUCUUCAGAUAUUACUAAAGCAAACACCCUCCCCAGGGUCAAAGAGAAUAUGCCCCCAAUGGCAACUCAGAACGUCGGUGAGUAUGUGAGUAUUGUGUUCAAGGGAGAGAAUAAGUAUGAUGGCGGAAAACGUGCGGGAUCCGAAAGAGCACAGCCUGUCAUUCAUGGAACCCUCCGCCCCUUGAACCAACCCCUCAUUGACCCCAACAAUGCUGCUAACCUUCCUCGCAGCUUCUCUGCACCAUUGUCCACCUCUGCUGAGUACGUGAGCAUGGAUGUAGGGAAGUCAUCAACACCCCUGAGGUCAACAUUCAGCCCCUCACAGGGCCCGCCAUCUGUACCCCCCAAUGGCCGACUUGAACAUGGCACAUCGUCUCCUCUGGCAGCUGAGGGAAACACUGUAUAUCGAUCCAAAACAAAGAUGGCAGCAGACGCCCAUAAUGCAUUCACAGACAACAAAGAUCCUAGCAUUUCAGUGAGACCUGACACCCACUCGGGUCCGCCUGUGGCCAUGGAGGAGGACACAGGGUCGGGCUUUUCUCCAGUCAAGUCCUUCCAGUCUCCCGAACAACGCAGCAGACUUGUCCGACCUGAAAACCAGGGUCGACGCGGACACCGCUCAGAAACCUUUAACGCGCCUCCAUCUGUACCGAGCCACCCACCCACCACUACCACCCUCUUCCCAGAAGGCGUCCAGGCGGCGGGCCACCGGCAUGCUUUGGACUGCUCUCUCUGGGAAACCGGUCAGGUGGCUAGUUUGUCCGCCACGCCGCCGCCUCCUCAAGCCUCUGAACAAGGCCUUAACUAUAUUGACCUUGACUUGGCCAUUAAAGAGAGCCCUCAAGCUGGAGGGGAGCGUUCCUCUACCGCCUACAACAUCGGAGCAGGUGCUGUGGGUAGCGGCGCCGGCUCCAGCCUCAACAUGUAUGCCAGUAUUGACUUCUAUAAGUCAGAGGAACUGAGAGCACAACAGAUGGGAAGAAAGGAUGAUCAAGAUUGUUGAUCGGUGCUCAAAUCUGGGAUGGACGGCUCCGCACUCAGCAGCCCAACUGUUGCCACAACACAACUGUACACCGAGUCCCAAAACCGGAACUCUGGGAAACCUCAUCCUCAUCCUGUCUGCCAUUUUCUCGCAACCAAACAUGUGCCAAACACAAACACACACACGCACACACACACGCACACACGCACGGUAAGGAAGAGCCUGUUUUCUGCCUCGCUUUGACUCAAACUGACAUCCGAUCAGCUAACCGGAAACAGAUAAAAGAUGAUGUAUGUUACAUUAUGUCCAUUUGACAUGACAACAACCAUCUGACAAUCAAGUAAAGCCAUAAAGUCAGUGAAGCGUCAUGCUUUUGUUUCAUUUGUGACAUAUCUCAUCCCAAAUUGACACCAAUAGGAUUGGCAGCUAAGCAAAUGUAAUGAAAUGUGACAACUCACCUUGUGCACCAUCAUCCUUUUGUCCAUAUUCUGAGUUCAUGAUCAAAAGGUUCACCAGAAGGAACGAGAGCGUCACACAAUCCUCACACUUGCCACGAUGCUGCUUUGUGAGUUUUUCUCAAAGCAUUGCAUUGAUCACAACUGGGCUGAUCAAGUCAGGAUGUCAAAGACAAUAACUUCCUUUUUGGGACUGUGAUGUCCACAUUAUAGACGACAGAGGCCUCCGUGUUGGGAUUGACAGACAAAUACCUACUUUUUGACUCUUUAUCCUUUCCUGAAAGAUUCAAUAAUUUAUAAUUUAACAAAUUACAAACACGAAACAGCCACUCCAGGUGCAUCUAUCACCAUUGUUGCAAAUCAGUGGAAUACUAACAUCAUGUGAUUCCACCCGAACAACAGUGAUGUGCGAUACCACUGAUUUCCUUUCCAAUACGACACUGAGUCAAAUUCAGGCUGGUAUCGGCGAUACAGAUCCGACACCCAAUGUUUCUGGUAAAUUAGAAAAAGCAGUGUACAGUCGUCCCUCUCCAAUCGCGCUUGGAAUUUCACGGCUUCGCACUAUCACAGUUUUAAAAAUAUAUAAAUUAAUAAAUCAUGGCUGUUUUGUGGUUGACUACGGCCUAUUAUUAGUCAAAAAAGAUGUAUUUCUGGCCUAAAUUAAGCAUUUUCAAGCAUAAAAAUGACUAAAUGAACUAAAAUACAACUAUAAGACAUUCAGAAAAAGCAUGAAAAGACACGUUGACAUGUACACGGGUCACAAGGUGUCAGUAAGGUUAUAUUAGCCACCGCAAGAUGUCCUGGAGGUAAAAAAAACAAAAACAAGGAACUCUCUCGAUGUGUGAGUCUAUAUUAUUUUCUGUUAUUAAAUCCACUUUAUACUUAAUGAGUGUAAAGGUGACUAUAGGGGUGUUAUUUAAUGUCUAGAGGGCUCUAAUAAUGUUAAAACCCGUAUUUAGAAGGUCGGAAACAGGUUUUCUAUGCUCUAAUUAUGAAAACAUUCCAUUUAUAAAUAAGGAAUCAUACUUCAUGGAAAUUCACUUAUCACAGUCGAGUCUGGAGCCCAUUAAUUGCGAUAAUCAUAAUCAAGGUAUGACUGUAUUUGACUGUAUUCCCUGUAUUUCAUGCAAAGCAUUGCAUAGUUCAUAGCAUAAAGAAUGCAAUACAUCAGAUAUUUAGAAAUUAAAUACAUUAAGUGCUACUAUUAGAAUAAAAACUAAUUCAAUCAAUUGAAAAUCUCAAUAAUUAGUUACUUUCCACUGUGUUCCUUUUAAUGAUUUACAUUACCUCAAAUGUAUCAAAGUAUCAAUAUUUUGAUUUGAGUAUCAAUUUUAGAGCCUAAAGAUCCGGCAUCGGAGGUAUCGAUAUUUCAGUAUCGAUCUACACAUCACUAUCAAAUGACUGUCGUUGGCAGACAGAGGUCUCACUCAACUGUAUCUUAACGACUGUCGUUUCGCGCCGCGAAAGGGUGAAAGCAUUCUUGGUUGGGGCGUGCCUCUACCUUAGAGGAUAAACACUUGGAUCCUACACCAUCCCCUCAGACUACAGCUGUCCUAUCUAGUCCUUGAGCAGGAACUGAUGAAGCCUGCUCGGAUGAGAGCUGACACAUCUUCUAAGACAGCUUGAACAGUCCAGUUGCUAUCGAUUCAAUGCCCUGAGAGUACACUCACCUGGGUGUUUCAUCUGAAAAUGUUGCGUUGGACUUGCAGUUUGACCUAUUAUUAUAUUUUCUGCACAGCUACAACACAACAGGGUGUAUAAAAUUGAGAACUUACCAUUGACAAUGAAUUCUUUUUGUUUCCUGUUCCAUAGUAGAAUUCCUUUGCUGUUUCUUUAAUGCAACAUGCAUUCAUGUAAUAAUCCUGGUAGCAAACAAUGCAUGACAAUUGGCACAUUUGCAUAACAUUCUUCUGCAGCAUUGUUUGAUCUGACCUAUGGGCGUGAUAUAUGCCACACAUUGGAAAAAUGUAGACACAAUUCAAUCCAAAUUUGAUGAUUUAAUAUGAUAAAAAUACAGACAGAAUUGACUUCAUGGUGGACACACAUGCGUAAAGCCACGUUUAAUUCAUAUCAUAAGCAAACAACAUUUACAGUUUGUUUCCCUCUCAUUCAUGUAACAUUUUAGGCAAAUAUAAUGUGAGUCAUUACACGACAGUACAACAGUAUAUAAGAUACGCAGUAUACAUACAGUAUAAGGAUGAAUACUUUAUAGCGUAGAUAUCUACAGUAUAUACUCUUUUAUAAAGUGCCUCUUUUUUGAUUGUAGCUGUUUUACACAGGUAAUCUUAAAAUGGGUUGUGAAAAUACACACAAAACGUGAACAAACACAUAUUGAUAUCAGUAAACUAUUUUGCCUUACUGUUUAUCUUGAAAAUUAUUUUUUUGUGAGGGGGUGCCUAACAGUUAAGCCACAAUGUAAGCAUUCCCUCAAUCUUGUAGGCCCAACAAAGUGAAGCAAAAAAAAAAAAAAAAAAAAAACUUGAGACGGGAUCCUACUUUCCAUUUUCACUCAUUUUACAAUGAGGAUUCAAAAUUGUAUACAAUGUCAUCUUACGGUAAAUCAUAUUUUAAUGACUUUCCAAGUUGUUUUUAACUUGGCAACUGUCAGUGGCUUGUAAAUAAAAUCUACUAACAAAGCAGGACUUUCAAAUGAAAUGUAUGUAUUGAUUUAGGCCUGCAAGUGUAUUUUGACCCCAAACACGAGCGGAGGUCCUUUGAACUCUUCAGAGCAGCUAAAUGGGCUAAAACACUAUGAACACGGUUGUGUGUGAUGUUUUUCUAUAUUUGGAUGUGGAGUCAGUCCCCAGAUGGUGUGAAUAGUGCUCCUUCUUUCUAUCUCUGCUCCUCUCACUCGACCCAAGUGUUACUUUUCUGUGACUAAUGUUGCCGUCAGACUCAUUGCCAAAAAAUACCACAGUCCGACAGCAAGCGCUGGUCCACUUUAAAGAGCAUUUGUAAACAGGAGAGACAACAAAUUAGCCUCACUUUGGUCAAAACCUUUUCACUUGAGAGCUUCUGGGCCAAAAUAUGUUUUCAAAUUUUCAAUGAAAUAUUUUUUAAGGUUGUUUUUAUGACUGGUUACAUACUAUAAUAGGGGAACCUGAGGGACCUCUUGGCGUAAACACCUGUACACGAUGACGGCUAAAGCUGCAGUAACUUUAGUGACAAAACUCAGUGGGGUUCCUGGUUGUGUGUAAACACGGUACAAAGGAAGAAGGCUUUCUCAAUGUAUUUUUCACACGGUAGCUUCUGCCACAUUUAGAAUCAUAUUGAAGUAGAGGAAAAGUAUUACAGUUAAGCCCAAACGAGCAACCAUUUUAAUUAAAAGGCAAUUUUUUAUGUGUCAUUUGGCUGUAAAGAACAGAAGAAAGACUGUAAGCAGUUGUGUUAGAGCAGAAGUGUCCGAACUGCGGCAUGGAGGCCAUUUGCGGCCCGUGGCCAACUACAAUUACUAAAAAAAACAACAGGAAAAAAAGAGCGACAAGGCGAAACAUAUGGAGAAAAAGUAGAAAUGUUGUUUAAUAACACAAAGCUGACAUGUAGGCUGUUUUUAAUCAACUUUGUAGCAUGUAGGAUUGGUAUUAGCAUUUUUUUUACAAAAUCAGAAAUAUCAACUUGGCCACAGCAUCCUUUCAUUUCUUUUGUAUGUGGCCCUCGACGAAAAAGUUAGGAUACCCAUGUUAGAGGCACGGUGGAACAUCGGUUUUCGUUUUUAAUUUGUUCUAAAAGGUCCGACAAAAACCGAGGUAAUUUUCCCAUAAGAAAUAAAGUAAAUCCAAUUAAUCAGUUCCAAAAUAUUAACAAAAAAUACAUUUAAAUUGGGAAUUAUUAUAGUUUUACAUGCACAAAACGAAACAAAAUAAUUAUAAAUGAGGAAUGGAAAGAACUUAUUGUUGAUGCGGACUUUCCAUACAUCCUGGCAAGAUGGAAUUCAAUAGUGUUCCUCACCGUUUUUAUCAAAUUGCUGGCACUCGCAACUUUCUUUGGCACCAUGGCGGGUUAUUUAGCAGUCACACUCAAUAAAAAAUGUAUGGACAACCAAGAAAAUGAAAAACAAGGCAAAAUCUUGGACAAAAAACCGGCGUAUUAAAACCGAGAUUGGAUUGUAUUAAGUUAAAGAUAGGUAGGUAUGAAUGUGAGUGUGAAUAGCUCUUUGUCUGUAUGUGCCCUGUGAUUGGCUGGCGCCCAAAGUCAGCUGCAAUAGGUUCCAGCAAACCCCCGCGACACUAGUGAGGAUUAAAUGGCAUAGAAAAUGAAUGAAUGAAUGAAUGAAAAAUAUCCACCAUUGUUUUUUAUAUUUGGAUAAUUAUUCAUAUCCUUGACAAUGUUUAGUAAACACAAUCUUUUGCGUCAUUCUAAACCAAUGUUUAACAAAUCGUAGUUCUGGAGCAUUGUAAACAAAUGUACAUGUGCAGCUCAAAAAAAUAUUUGAAAAGUUCAUUUAUUUUACUAGUUUAAUUCCAAAUUGAAACUCUUAUACAGUAUGCAAUAGGGUGAAAUAUUUCAAGAAUGAAUUUCUUAACUUCUUAAUUAUAAUUUGGAUGAUUACAGGUUUAUGUUGUUUUGGGUUCAUACACGCUCCCAUAAAUUGAUUAAAAACUUAACUUUGGUCAGUAAACACUUGAGAACGACUUACAGCGGAAGAAUAUGCGAUGUGCCACACUACUCACAACACUGGCUUGUCGUGACCAUCGGUAAGGAUAAAGGUAGUAUUGUAACAUCUGCACGGACGUUGGAAGGAUGACGAGGAGGUGGUAGAUCGAAAAGCUCUGUAUUGCAAAAACAAAGCAGGCUACCGUCGACCGAACCACGCCAAAACAACAUCAGCAAACUCAGAUGUCCUCUCUGCACGCAGCCACACACGUAGUCAGGACUCGUGUCAUGUUCGAAGAUGGUCUGAAAUGACAAACAUCUUGAACAUAACUUCCAAAGUCACUGAUCCUUUGAAAGUGACGGUAAUAAUCAAGCAGUGUAGUGGUCUUAUUAUUGACAUGGAAAGGUUGCUCGUGCUUUGGCUUUUAUUUUUUUUUAAUUACGGUUUCGUUUAUUCUUGUAUUUAGUGUUUUAUUACUGUACCACCUGUAUAGCUUACAGCUAAUAAAACCCCCAAAUUCAGUUUCUCAUUGAUACAUUGUCAAAAAGUUCAAUGUCGUAAACGUCUGGUUCACGCUCCAGUCGGCAAUUGAACUGCAAAAACCUCAAACCUUCGUUUCUUCAUCUGAAUUGAACCCUUGAAAUCAAAUGGACAUAUAAUUUUUAUUGUUAAAAUGCAGUUCUUUUGAAAUGAAUGCCUUACAGUCUUUGGCCACUUUCUUUCUUGUGUCUUUUACAGCUAAAAGAACCCUAUAAAAAAAUCAGUAACUCUUAAAUUUGGCCAAGGUAUGUGUCAUUUUGGCCUUAAAAACAUAUGUUUCCAGUAUUGGAUGUUCAAAAUUGUGUUACCCACUAUGAGAAAGCUCUUGUCAAAAUACGGCUCACAAUUCAAAAGAAUCACUCGUAUUCUAAAUCAGCAUAGCCCAGCACUGCCAACAGUUUGUGGUUCGUACUGCCAAACUCUUGUAAUUCAACUAUUGACUUUGUUGAAGUGCUCCUUUAUAAUCUUGUUGUUAUUCCACGAGUGGAACUCUUCUAAUUAGGGAUUACAGAGCCUCCCUGACUGUACCUCAUAAUCUCAAGAUCUCGCAGACGAAACAGUUGGUAGUUAAACCCCUCGCAGUCUGAGACCACGGCAGGAUAUCAUCACAUAGGAGCGAAAUAUAUCGAUAAAAGCUACUGAACGUAAGUGAAGGAGCAGACAAGUGUUACUGUAUGUACAAUCAAGAUAGCGUCUCUAAUUACAAUUGAAAGAGCAUUCUAUGUAUUUUAAAGCUAUUGAUACUUUGAUAAUAAUGUAAACUGUACAAAGGCUGAACAUGAACUAUGUAAAAUAUAAUGUGUAUAGAAGAGGGGGCUUCAGGGGGGAGGGCUUGGGCAAGAAGUGGUGCGUGGGGUUCAUUCUAUUCAUGUUCCAAACAGAAUAUUGAUGAUUCUUGUCUGUGAUGUAGACAACCAAGUCAAUGUUUUUUACACAGUAUAUAUAAAAAGGCAAGGUGAUACAAAAGAGGAUCUGUGUGAGUCUUUUAUUGGCUGUGUGUGCAAAGUCAAUGUCCAAACAUUUACUUCAGAGGGUCCAGACUGUUGUAAGCCAUCACUGAUCGGACUUUUUUAAGGUAUCGUAUUAGCCAGACUUUAUGUUUUUAAUCCCAGAUUCCACUGGUCCAGCAGAUGGUAUUUUGGCAAGAUCAUACCUUCACAUCGUGUCUGUUUUCUGUAUGUUGCAUGUUUGAAGGCAUUCGCUCUUUAGAUCAGUACUGGUACCAUCACUCCUUAAUGAUAAUACAUUUCAACUCAAAUGUGUUAUAUUUAAUGAAAAGACAGUGCUGUUUGAAUUUGAAGUAGUGCAAAAUAACACAGUGUGCUAACACAAAUCAAGUUUAAUGAACAUUUCAGGAGUUUCCGCAAAGUCUAAAUUGCUAAAAAGUGUCAGAAAUCUUUUUCUUUUCAGCUCCCGCUAACGUUUGGUCUCUCCUUGCUAGCUCAGGUUCUCAAUAAAGCCUCCAGUAAAGUUCCGUGACUUUGAAGCCAUGUAAAACUGAACAAACCGAAAUAAGGCGUGCCAAUUAUAACUUGCAAAACAUAUAAAAUAAUCUGUGACAUUUGGUGUCAAGGAAAUGCAUUGUGGGGUACGCGUACCACCGGGGGUACACCAAUUGUCAUAGGGCUAUGUGAAUAAAAAUGAAAACAAUUAGCGCCUAACAUUCACAAUUACUAGUGUGCCUUAACGCCUCACGGCGCAAGGAGAACGGAGCAGAAAGGAGACAGAGCAUGAAGUUGUUCAUUGCUCUGUGUGCAUUAUAUGAACAAAUAAGUAAGCUGGAUGAUUAUUUUGUGCAUUAAGUGUUUCAUCUUGAAGACUUCAUUUAUGGUAAACGGAAAAUGGUCUUUCACUUGUGUUGCGCUUUUCCAUCUCCAAGGCACUCAAAGCGCCUUGACAUUUCCCUACUGAUGACGCAGCAUCAGGAGCAACUGGGGGUUCAGUAUCUUGCCCAAGGAUACUCUACAUGAUCACGGGAUCACGCUGUGGAACAUACACGUAAACAAGAUGCCCGCGGCGCUCCGUCGCUGAAGAAGCUACGAGCAUCACAUCAUUCAUCACAUACACAAGAAUGGGCAGGUGACAGUGUGCAGAGACACGGCGGGAGACAGAUAUAACGCAGAGCGAUUUGUGAGGUCUGAUUUUUUAGAGGAGGCAUUUUUAUCAUGCAAAUGUAUUACUCUUGAACGCAUACUGUUUUCAGGAGACAAACUCUUUACUUAAAUGAUCCAGCCACUAAGCGGAAGCACGUCCCUCGCCACGGAAAUCCAAACAAAACUCCACUCGUGGUACAAACUGAGGAGGUAAGUCGCUGUUGAUGUACUACACUGUUGAUAUGGGUAUGUCAUGCAACUUAAUCGAAAAAAAAUCCGAAAUAUCCCUUUAAAUGAUCCAGCAUGUUGGU